CUUAGCAUAAGCACAAAGUAGGAGUCUGAGUAAGUAAAUUUUCAUCCUAUAAAAAGCAAUGAUCUAAUGCUCUCUAAAGCAGAACAACUUUAUAGUUUUUCCUAAAGAAGUCAUUUCAAAAUUUAGCAAAAUCAUCAAGGAAUGGAACUCCAAUCCAAUAGAUCACUUGCAUUUUUCUCCAUAGUGAUUCUAGUACUAGCAGCUUCUUGUGAUGCUGGUGGAAUUGCUAUUUACUGGGGUCAGAAUGGAGGUGAAGGAACUCUGGCGGAAACCUGUGCCACGAAAAACUAUGACUUUGUGAACAUAGCUUUUUUGCCAACCUUCGGAAAUGGUCAACAACCAAUGAUAGAUCUAUCUGGUCAUUGUAAUCCAAAUGUUGGCGAGUGUACCAAAUUAAGCACAGAUAUAAAAUCCUGCCAAGAGAAAGGAAUUAAAGUGAUCCUGUCAAUUGGAGGCGGUGCUGGGAGCUACUAUCUUGCUUCUGCUGAUGAUGCUAGGGAAGUUGCCACUUAUCUUUGGAACAACUUCUUGGGGGGACAAUCGACAACACGUCCACUUGGUGAUGCUGUUUUAGAUGGAAUAGACUUUGAUAUUGAAGGAGGAACAAAUAUGUACUGGGAUGUUCUUGCCAAGUCUCUUUCUGCCUAUAGCAGUAUCGGCAAGAAAGUUUACUUAACAGCAGCCCCUCAAUGCCCAUUCCCUGAUGCUUGGAUUGGAAACGCCUUAAAAACAGGCCUUUUCGACUAUGUUUGGGUUCAAUUCUAUAACAACCCUCCUUGUCAAUACAGUUCUAGUGAUAUUAACAAUCUUGAAGCUGCAUGGGAACAGUGGACAGCAGAUAUCCCUGCCAAAAAGAUUUUCCUUGGCUUGCCAGCCGCUCCUGCAGCUGCUGGAAGUGGAUUCAUCCCUGCUGAUGACCUCACUUCUCAAGUUCUUCCAUCAAUAAAAAACUCUUCCAAGUAUGGUGGUGUAAUGUUGUGGUCAAAAUAUUAUGACGAUCAGACCAAUUAUAGUUCUUCAAUCAAGAGUGAUGUGUGAAGUUAUGAGCUAUACCUCAGCCCUUAUUUGUGAUCAAGUAUGUUAUGUUAAUAUA